GCUUGCGUUACCGUUCCAGCUACUAAUUCUUUCAUUGCUGGCUUCUCCAACCGGUGCCGCCUGUCACCCAUUUGACUUUCGCUCCCUUGCCUUCCUAGAGAGUCCGUGCUCCUCCAGUCUGCUCGUGGAAUUUCAUCGAUCGAUCGACUUGACACGUUGAUUUAUACCUCUGCAAGGCAUGAGUGGAAGUUCGAAUCAAUCCACCCGCACGAGUCCCGGCUCUUUCAGCACCACUCAGCGCACACCGUCUGUAUCCUCGGGCGCGUCGCCGACUCACCAGUCGCUUUCAGCUUCUCAGCCGCCCUCGACGGCCCAGAAUGUGAUGUCGACCGACGUGUACAGUCCGCCCGCGUCGCAGGCCUCUUCAUCGCUAGCUCCUACGUUCACUCACCCCUUCUCCCCAAUCGCGCCCUCGUCGUCCUUUGAAACUGUCGCUUCGACCACCAUGCGCUUCGCCGACUCGGCACAGUCGCUAAACGGCUUCGCCCGUCCUGUCAAUGGGGCUGGUGGGAUCAUAUUGAUGCGGAAGCUUCCGCGCAACACCAGUCGCGAGGCUUUGCGCAGUAUGCUGCUAUUCGCGAAAGACCUCGUGGAAGCUGAAUUCAUACCUUCUGACCAUCCGGAAGAUAACGGAUACCUUUGUGCAGUCGCGCGCUUUGGCACGCUGGCCGCUGCUGAAGAGGCGCGAGCUUUGCUCCAUGGAAAACCGAAUUCCAAGAACGAUGCUACCAUGAUUGUGGAGGUAUUGGCCGGCCCAGUGGGAUCGUCGUUGGCGCCUAGACGGAACACCAUUGAUCACACUGCAAACCGCAGUCUGUUGGGAGGUGUCAACGGAGCGUUGUCGCGUCAAUCGUCACGGUUCAACGGAACCUUUCAGAGUCUGGAGAAGCUCAGCGCGACAACCGGAGCUGCCAACGGUGAUGGUCUGCCAGAGUCAGGUUCCCGCCUGCACAACAUCUUUGCUCCACAAUCGCCACUUGGAAGUGGGAUCCCUGAAUUGCCUCGUGUCAGCGGCAAAUCGAUGAUCGAUCAAGACAUUGACGAAGACACGGGGGAACUUCUUAAGGAUCCGGUUGGCUAUGCGGAAAACGGACAUUCUGGUGCCGUAUCAGCUGGGCGCCGUGCAACGAAUCCUCAGAUUUUGAGUAAUCAAUUUGCCAGUAUGUCCCUGGCGACUAACAUCUCAUCGCCACCACUCCAGGGCUACACUCCUCAGAACUCUGCGCACAUGGGAGUAUCUACCCCUGCAUCCACAUAUCCGCAAGCAAUGAAUAACAUUGGGGCCGGCCAUGGAUUUCCCUACGGCAACCCGCACAUGCACCGCCACAGUCUACCUGCUGCGAAUCCGAACGAUAUGAAUCCGCCUUGCAAUACUCUGUACGUUGGUAAUCUUCCGCCGGAUACCUCGGAGGAAGAGCUCAAGGCUCUAUUUUCUAAGCAGCGUGGUUACAAACGUCUGUGUUUCCGGAACAAACAGAAUGGUCCUAUGUGCUUUGUGGAGUUCGACGAUGUGGGUACCGCCGGCAAGGCGCUCAACGAGCUCUACGGCUUCAAAUUGUCGAAUAGUAUCAAGACUGGGAUUCGACUCAGCUUUUCGAAGAACCCUUUGGGAGUGCGUUCCGGGCAACCGGGCUCCAUGAGUGCAUCGAAUACCAUGACUUCUCAAAGCGGUGUACCUGGCGGCAGCAGCCUCGGUGGGAUUCACAAUAGCCAUGUGUUCUCUACGGUCAGUGGCCCGCCACCUGGACUAUCAGCGCCUCCCGGUCUCGCUCCCCCCAUGGCGUUGAGGAACAACGGCCCUAUCCAUCCGGUCAGCAACAUGCAUGCCCCCAUUCCUACCAAUGGCGCUUUCAACCCCAACUCCAACCCGGGCCUUGGAAUCCGGACCAAUUCUACGAUGGUUUCACCUCCUCCGCCGCUCACCGGUGGGGCGCCGAAUCUGGGAGGGUUCAACUUUUCCUAUCCGGACUACAUGAUGGGCCGCUAGAGGUCAAAAGAACAAUUUUACGUCUCUGUGGAACGAUGCUUGAUGACCACUGGGCUACCUGGCGUAUUGGGGCGAUUAUCGUUUUUUAUA